CCUCAACCAAGAACGACGACCGAUUUAUUAUUGCGCAACAUUUUGCCACCAUCAGAAAAAAAUCCUACCUGUCAUUGUCAUUUUCAUCAUCAAAAUUUCCAGUCGCAAUGACAUCGAAAGAAUUCAAGCAAACGGCCAAAACGGUUCGUACGAAUUUCCAAAAACACGCCCGAGCCAUGGACAGCGACAUACAAAUGCUGAUUCAUUCAUUGCUGGAUGUGAUUGAUUCGAAAAUAGUUGCCCUCAAAAAAUUGCUGAAAUUGCGAGCUUAUAUACACAAUAUUGCUGCCACUGAUUAUAUAGUCGAUGAACCAAAAACUGAUUCCUUAGAAGAUUUUUCUUCAAUGAUUUAUGAAGCUGACCAAAACUCUUUACCCAGUGACAAUGACGAGCAAAAACGCAAAUUCCAAGCAGAUAUUGCUGACUUAAAAAGCCUUUGCCAAAACCCCAAGAAGACUUUGGACAAAUACAUUUAUUUGUCGGACAUUAAACCUCAGCAAUUGCAGGAAACCAAGGACAGUUUGGUGCAUUUGGGCAAAGCCGAUUACGAAAGUGUUUUGGACAUAUUGAAUAUGGUAUUGAAAUCUUAUAAAUUGCAAGAAGAUGUUAAGUCCAGAAGGACAAGGUCUUUUGUGGAUAACAAUAAUAAUAAUAAUAAUGGACAAGAGAUAGGUGGCAGGAAAAUUGCUUCGGACAGUGUUUGUUUGGGUGCUAGAAAAUUGAAGAAUAUUAAGAAGCAUACUUGUAGUGUUUAGCAAUUUUAACAAAUUAACUAUUUUUCAAAAACAAUAUUUAUGUAUAGGUAUAUUCAUGGUUCUGGCUCUAUCUUUACAAAUUCUCAGCUCAAUUAUUAAGAAAUUUUAGCUUGAAUUAUAAUUAGUAAAGAAAAUAAAUAUGCAACGUUAUUAAAAACCCAUUUUUUAAGAAUAUUAUGUUUUGCCUGUUUUCUGUUUUUGAUAAUAUUAGGAUUAUGAUGAUUUUCCACAUUCAUCUUUUGACAGGUGAUCUUUAUCAACAUUGUGUCCAUUUUCUUUCAAAAUCUGUACGGUUUUAUGGCACUUGUGUAUGUGUAUGUGUGUGUUGAAGGUGUCAGUUGUACCGUACC